AUGGUCAUUGAGAAUAGCAUGAACACCAAAGCUUCCAUUAAAGAGGUUCUAAAGUCUAUGGCGGAGAACUCGUCUAUCCAUGGAGUUUCUAGAUGGGUGACGUCUCGGCAUUGGUAUCAACGUCUUCUCUGGAUUUUAGUCUUUCUUGCAGCCGCUGGGGUAUUGAGUUACCAGUUAUCGCGUUUAUUUGGAGCGUAUAAAUCCUACCCUGUGAAGACUUCAGUGGAAUUAAAGUUUUCUAGUUUACCGUUUCCAGCAGUAUCUAUCUGUAAUAUGAACCCGAUCAAAAUGACCAAACUUUAUAUUACAAGCACAGAUACACAGAAAACAAUAAAUGGCACAUAUACCAGAAAGAAAAGGAGUGUAAACCGUAGGUCUAACAAAGAAACCAAAGUAUCCUUUUCCUCCUAUUUGUCACCAGGGAACGGUGAUAAAAUCACCAACUUUUUUCCUUUAAAAGAAAUGGGGAUAGGACAAGGAGGCCCCGCGCUUCCAGCACCUUUAAUGGAGAGAGAACCCUACCACUCAGUUGAACUCAAUAAAAACAAAAGAAAAUACAAAAACAACAACAAACACUCCCCGAAAAGUUGGUUGUCAAUGUUACUGGCAAAAGAAAACAUUAAUAUUGAGACAAGCAAAACUGAGCCAUGGUUUCUGAAGUCCAAUCAAAGAGUAAGAAAAAGAAGUACUGGGUCUGAUGGGACUACAAGUUCAGGGAAUUCUGGGAGUACUUUCCCUUCCGCCACAGAUUCGCCGUCGUCUACUACUUCUGGUUCCUACACAACUACGAACAGUUACUACCACACUUCAACCUACGGGUGGAUUGGCUCUGACGGUACCUGGUCUAGUUUUCAGGAUUAUAUGAAUGAUCUUGAUCAACAUGUUCAGGAUGAGUGGAGCCUGAGAGUUGCUAAAUUCCAGUCAGAAUUUCAAAAAAAUACAAGAGAAAUAAGGGAAAACGUAGGUCACGCCAUCUCUGAUAUGUUGGUAUCCUGUGCAUUCAACGGAAACGAGUGUUACCAUAGUAAUUUUAGUCUGUUCCAGUCUUUGGAGUAUGGGAACUGCUACACGUUUCAGGAUACUUCGUACAUUACCAAGCGAUCAGGACCUCUCCUGGGUCUACGCCUUACACUUAAUAUUGAAACUUUUGAGUAUGUUAAGGACUAUAUGGAUGCAUUUGGUAUGCGUUUGGUAAUUCAUGAACCCGGUACGUUUCCUUUUCCAGAAGAAGAGGGAUUUACCUUAAACCCUAAUUUCGAAACAACCAUAGGGAUGAAAUUGGUAACAAUCCAGCGAGCAUCUGAACCGCAUGGAAAUUGUGAAUCGGGUGAAGACUUUACACGAAUGUUUGGAAUACGCUACACUAUCCCGGCCUGUCUGAAACUUUGUCGUCAGAGAGAAAUAAUUAGCCAGUGUCAAUGCAUUCCUUCUACUUCAUACAUAAAGAUUGGGAACACCGAUUCCCUACCACUCUGUUCAAAUUCAACCGAUGCAAGCAGAUGUGAGGAAUUUCUUGUCUUCAAGCUAGAAAAUAAUUUACUUGACUGUAACUGCCGAAGCCCGUGUAGACAAAUAAUAUAUGACACUAGCUUAUCUGGGAGAGCCUGGCCAAGUCAGAAAUUUUUGAAAGAGAAUAUAAUGGCUGACAUUUGUGAUGGAUCCCGCAAUUGGUUUUUCGCCCAGGAAUGCAAUAAAGUAUUACAGAAUUACGCUACAGAGAGUGAAAUCGAGAGCUUAUCAGGAAACUUUCUAAAAGCCGUAAUUUAUUACGAGGAUUUGAACUACGAGGAAAUUAGAGAAGAGCCAAUGUAUGACGGCUUUCAGUUAAUUUCGGAUGUCGGUGGUGCACUUGGUCUUUUCAUGGGGGCCUCCAUCAUGAGUUUUGUAGAGAUUUUUCAAUUUUUCAUCGAACUACUAAAUUUUUUGCGCUCGAAAGUGUUCCGGAGACCUACGAGUUCAUUAACACCAGUCACAGACAUUUAUUUCAAAGAACCAAUAGAGAAAGAGGAUCAAACCUGGUCGAAAGAAUGAAUGCCAAA